CCCUCUACCUCCAACCUUUAGUAGAACUUUUACUACUACCGCGCUGAGACGUGUAGCUCUCGUUCUCGAACCGCAAAUAAAAAAAUGAGAGUAUAAAAAAAUGUUGUGGAUGAAUGAAAGUGAAACGUUGAUUUCUCGCUUCGAAUCGAGGAUAAAAAACUAGUUUUCGUUGGGGCGUUGCCUUUUCACUUUCGCCAGUUGACAAAUAUUAUUGCACGCGAAAUUUCUCACGAUGGGCGAUAACUACAUAAGGUUAGAAAAUUAUGAGAUGCUCAAAGCUCUUUACAACUUUAAGGCCACUUUUGCAAAGACCUUGAGCUUUCACGAAAAUGAUCACUUUAUUCUUCAUCAGACUAACACAAAACAAAGAAACUGGUGGCAGGUGAUCAAUUCUAAUGGUCAACUAGGAUACAUUCCGUCAAACUAUGUUGCCACUGUCAAGGUACAGCCUCAGUUCCUGAUCGACUUUUUGGACGAAUGUAUAAACAAGUUGAAUAAUGACGAGGACAAGACAGGGAUGGUACUAAGCGCAGAUAGACAGGAUCUUUUACAGAGAUUAGUGGAGAAGAAACGCCAAGCAGAACUAAGUAGAAAGCCAAAAAAGCAAGCACCAAUGCCACCGAAUUUCGGUACGAUAUCGCCAACCAAAGGAACUUCUGGCUCAACGUUUGAUCGUCACGAAGUUGACCUAAGAUCAUCACCAAGUAACGCAAGUUACACAACGGCAAAGACGACAUUGAAUUAUGAGGGUGAUCCGGUGGAGCCAAAAUUGCAGCAGCAGGUGUCGAAUUCCAGACGUGGUUCUAACAAUGAGAAUCGCUCGAGACAGAUGCCACGUCAAAGUUCUUCAGAAACGACGCGCCGUACAGAACCUGAACCCGAAGAAGUCCACAAAAGCCCAUCACACUCGAACGUUCGACAGAGCCCCCAUAAUUCUCCUGUCAAAAGCAACUCCUCGAGCUCGUGCGAAAUCGACUCGAGAGCCGCUUAUCAUCUUCUCGAUGAAGUACGAAGAAACACGCAACUGAGCUAUGAAAUGUCGAAAAUAGCUGUCCAAGUUGUCGUUUCGGAACUACAGCAAUUAUUUCCUAAUGGCAUGAGUCAGUAUUUCGAUGCUGUACUUCAACAGCUUCAAACGCCAAUGCCAUCAUCGAAAUUGAGGAUCGAAGAGACUUACGAUGCGAAUAGAUUGAAAAUCAUUUUUACUGAACUAACUUCUUGCAAAGAGGAUGCACAACAGCGAAGCUGGAUGCUAUACGAGGACGAGGCUAUCAUCGUCGAGUAUAUCAAAGAAUUGACCUCCAUUCUGACGAAUGCUGAUGCAACUGUGACGAGGCAUGCGCUACGACAAGAUCAGUACAAUGGAAUAUCGACACUUAUACAGUAUUAUCAGAUGGAGGCGAGAUGGACCAUAAGACAAUUGUUACUGCAAUCUUUUGGCGUUAUGUGCAGCUUAGAUCCAGUUGCGCUGACGAUUAUGCUGAACAGCAUUUUGCCCAUGGAACUGGCGAGAGACAUGAGAUCUAAUCCCAGAAACGUUCCAAAACUCAAUUACUCAUCGCUGCUGCUAACAAUGAUUUUUUCCAUGGGCGAACCCAUGCCUGUAACGCACCUGGAACAACUGGGUCCAGAGUUCAUAUCGUUUCUGUUGGAACUCAUAGAAAAUCCACCGGACACGGAUCUCGAGGAGCAAAUACCUGAUCUGUUUUUGAAUCUCAUUUUAUCCUACAAUCUACAGUUUACUGCCUCGGAAAAUAUUGUUCUGAAAGCUCUCAGAGAAACAACGUCAGCAAAAACAUUUACACAGAAAAUUUUGUUCCUUCUCAAUAGAGAGGAGGAUCCCGUGAGAAUAUUCGAUCACGAGCCAGCACCACCGCAGUCUGUGUUGAAGCUUUUUGUUGACCUGUUCGGCAACGACUUCACAGCAUCUAUGUUCUACACGAACGAUAUAAAAGUCCUUAUUGACAUCGUUCUUCGUCAACUUUUCGAUAUUCCUCCCGGAGACAAGAGGAGACAUUAUCUGGAACUGUGUCGUCGAGUUUUGCGCACUCCUGGAUACGAUGAGCAUCGGCAUCGGUCGGAGGAUUUAUUGAAAUGUUUUACAAGAAUAUUCUGCGAAGAAACGCCCGAAAGCCAAGGAGAUCAGCAUCUCGUUCGUGAAAUAAGCAACGAAUUUCCCAAUCUUUUCAAAAUGUGACAUUUACUCUCGGACUCCCCUCACGGGGAGCUGGACUACGAAGACGAUGAUCUGCAAACGCUUGUAUGAAAGAGGCGCUUACACGCUCGCAAAGAGGCAAAAGAACAAAAAAAAUUCGACAGCCCGUGGUGUCAAGUAUUUUUCAUUGCACUUAUUUCUUCGCGCUUUAUUUAAUGUGAUAGUUUUUUUAGAGAAAUUAAAAUAUAUAUUUUUCCGAGAAUCUUCCUUGACGCUGUGCACUCUGAGCACAAGAUGCGGCUGGAACUUGACAUUUUUAAAGCUGCUUUAUUCUCUUUAUCAUUUCAUAGAUUUUUCUAUGCCAUUUUUCGCUCUUCCAUGGCCAAACCGGUGAUAUUAUUUUGUAAUAAAUUUUUCAUUGUAAAUAGCAGCUCGUCUGCAAUCAAAAGACAUUUACAUUCCACGUUCGAUAGUCUGCGACUCAUUUUGGACUGUCGAUGAACGAUUUACUUGUUUUCAGUGACUCGAAGAGAAAGUAAAAUCAAAUCGUGUUCGAAUCUACCAUGUCGUCUCGACGACGAACUAUGCGAACGAGUAUAAAACCUGAACGUGUUUUCCUCCGAUAGUGAGUUUACGAACACGUGCGUGAAACCCUUGUCUAGUCGGUAAUUAUCGUUGUAUUAAAACGCUCAAAGUCAUAUUGUAAUCGAUAUUUCAAAUUCUAUGUAAAUCAUACGCUUACACAUGUAUGUAGAUACUCGGAAAUUUCGGUCACGAAAUUCAUCUCGACUCUACAUAGACAAGCAUCGGCGUUAUUACUCGUGUGCCAUACGAAUUUGUUGCAGUGGUAGGAAGAAAGCACUACUAAUAAUAAAUUUAAAGGAUACGCAAUUUGGGCUCAACGAAUAGUAGAUUAAAAAGGAAAUCGAAUAAUAUUUUUUUUCCAUAUUGUAAUCUUGGAAUUUCUUUCUCUCUUAAUUUGAUAUUCGCCGACAGUUUGAGUACUAAUAUUUUGAUCAAUCUCACGACAUUUCUAUUUGCAAAAUUCUGUCUCCCUUCGACCCAGAGUAAACGGGAGCUUCAUUCUGUGAGCAUCAUCCGGAUAAAAAGUUAUUCAAUUAAUUCUCGAUAAAUAUUAUAAUUCGAUAAUAUACUUGUAUAAACAAAUUUAUCUAACAGUACAGUAGUCGAUAUUCCAGACUUUGUAUGUAUGAGUGAGAAGGUUGUGGAAAAGGUAAAAGCAUGAAGAAGGCUGACAACAGGCACGUGGCCGGCGACUGGGUACUUUACACGAUAAUUAAAUCCUCCAUCAUUGGAUUCGAAGAACAUUUUAUGUUGACGAAAUGAUCGAUAAUCGCUUCUCGAAACAGAGUUUGAACUACAGUUUCCGAGGUUCUAGGAUUAGAACACUUCAAACAGAGAAAUCGCAGUGUUAACAUAAAAAAUCUUGAAAUUGUUGUAAAAUUAGAGAACGUAAAACUUCUCGUUGAGAGAUAAAACAAAAUGGAGUCAUCGAGGGCCCAACAUUAUUCAAUUGAGCUCCGAUUAAAAGGUAGACUAGACAAACGUUUCAAAGCGCACUGACCUAGUCAAGGAAAUCAGCGGGAGAAAUUUGAAAAGAUAUAUACGUAUAUAGAAUAAUUCGCUAGUAUCGUAAUGCACCGUUAUGUUUGCGAUUGUGUCAAUUAUUGCGAGGAUUGUAAAUCUAUAGAACUAUUACGAAUUUGAUGAAACGGUUGAGAAUAAAUGAAGCAUUUUAAUAAAUAAUAAUUAAGUUGGAAGGAAAUUGAAACUCCUGACGCAAAGUGAA